AUAUAAACUAUCUUAACAUUUACAAUUCAACCCAAAAUUGAUAAUGGCAGAAACACCAAGAACUCUUCGCCUCUCAUUGAAGACCAGGCUCCUCCUCGCCGCCCACUCCUUUGGGAUUCGCGCCGCCAGCCGUUCCGACCACACCGUAAACCGCAGCGUAUUGAACAUCUUCGACCCCAAGGCCGCUGCUUCCGCCAAACCAAUCAAUGGGGUCUCGUCUUUCGACAACACUAUUGACCCUACCCGCAACCUGUGGUUCCGCCUCUACGCCCCCACAUCCACCGCCACUACCGAUGCUCUGUCUGUGAUCAUAUUCUUUCAUGGUGGGGGCUUCGCAUUCAUGGCGGCUAACUCAAAAUCUUUUGACGUACUCUGCCGGCGACUUGCACGUGAAAUUAAUGCAGUUGUUAUCUCUGUUAACUAUCGGCUUGCUCCUGAGUACAAGUACCCAUGCCAGUACGAAGAUGGCUUUGAUGCAUUGAAAUACAUCGAUGGCAUGACCUUUGAGAAUUUCCCAGCAAAUUUGGAUCUUGGAAGGUGUUUUAUAGCAGGUGAUAGUGCAGGGGGUAACUUGGCUCAUCACGUCGUGCUCAAAGCUUGUGAACACACAUUUUCUAACAUAAAGAUCAAGGGACUCAUAGCAAUGCAGCCAUUUUUCGGAGGGGAAGAAAGGACAGAAUCAGAAAUCAAGCUUGUUGGGGUUCCUUUAAUAUCAGUGGAACGUACAGACUGGAUGUGGAAAGCGUUUCUGCCUGAGGGAUCGGACCGAAACCACUCGGUGGUUAAUGUUUUCGGACCAAAUGCGGUGGAUAUUUCAGGCGUGAAGUUCCCUGCUACGUUACUCUUUGUCGGAGGGUUUGAUCCCUUGCAAGAUUGGCAGAAGAGGUACCAUGAGGGGCUGAAGAAAUCUGGGAAAGAAGUACAUUUGGUAGAGUAUCCAAAUGUUUUUCAUGGGUUUUAUUGCCUGCCUGAAUCGCCUGAAUUUUCUUUGUUGAUCGGUGAGGUGAAGAGUUUUGUGCACAAGCAGUCAUCUCUUACAUAGGGUGAGGAGACGACGAUAUCUAUUUUAUUAUUAUAUCUUAUUUUAUUCACAUUCAAUAAUUAAAUCGCAUUUAAAUUGUAAUGAUUUUAUUUACUAUUGAAGAUAGAUUAUAUGUGUA